CUUGUCGACGAUACGGCUCGGUGCCGGUGGUGGGUUUCCUUCCGGUGGGGACGUUCUUCUAUUUACAGUUGCUCGCUGGCUGCGUGAUCUUACCGACCUCUGUCAGCUUUGCUCCAUAAAUUUCGGAGGUAGCGGGCGGAGCGGGAGUGAAUCCCUGAUUUUGUUUCUUCAAGAGUUUGGCUUUCUUUUCUAUGAAAUCUAUUUAAUACGUUCAAAAAUGAAGUAUGGGACACUUCUCAAGACCCUUUCAAUCAUAGCAACAGAUUAACUUUAAGAUACAGUCUUGACUAACAACAAAAGUUUGCGUCAUGAUGAGUACAACAACAUGGAAUAAGGACAAAUCCACUGUAGGUUAUGAUGAGUGUCAUGAAGAGCCCAGAUAUUACCUAGUUUCGCAAGACUGUACUGCAGGUGAAAAACACAGCAAAGCGUUAAUAAGACUUGUAAAGGGGACCAUGUUGAUGCUAAUUGAUAGAGUCUCUCAACUGCCAAAUGUUCACAGUACCAAGAGCAAAAGAGGACUUAUUACCGUGCAGUGCUUAGAAAGCCCGUACGCCAUCAUGUUGGUUGAUGAAAAGGAUUUACAAGAAGUCGAACCUCGAGUAGCUGAAUUGCUUUUGGCAGUUUCAGCUUGUGAUGAGAGGUCCACAUUAUCCAAAAAUAAACAAAGACUGCAGAAAGCACUCCAAAUUGAUUGUGGAUCAAAGGUUAAUGUUCAGCUGAGACUUGGUGGAGAAAAGCUACCUGGUAUAGUAAGAUUUAAGGGGCCACUGCUGCAGAGUACAGUGCUGUGUGAAAUGUGUUUUGGAGUGGAAUUACUGGAAGAAGGCAGGGGUCAUGGCUAUACAGAUGGUUCAUACAAAGAUGUACAAUUAUUUAAGUGUGAUGAAGAUUGUGGAGUAUUUGUCCCUUUUGACAAACUGGAGCUUGUUGAAGAGGAAAGUGGUAUGGAACACGAAGCUGCAAUCAUGGAAAGGUUUUGCUACAGUGAGAAAUCGGCUUUGCCAAUUAACUCAAGGGUGUCUGCAACAAUUGAAAAUGAAGUAAUGUUUGGUACAGUCGUAUUCUGUGGUCUACUGCCUGGAAAAGAGCGAUAUGGCUAUUUUUUAGGUGUCCAAAUGGACAAUGGCUUCAGUGAUUGGGAUGGGACAUGGAAUGGAACAGUGCUAUGCAGACAUCCACAAAACAUGGCUCUUCUUUGGAUUGAAGAUGUCACACCAGAUACUUCAGACUCAAGACCACUGAAACAAAGCUUUGAAUCAUGUGCAUGUAAUGAAAAAAUCUCUUCAAGUAUAACUAACAGAUCGAAGAAUAAAGGGCUUGUUUCACAGUCUGGAAAAUCUCCAGGUCAUAACCGGAGCCGAUCAGAAUUGCGUUGUACAUUAAAUGGCACAUUGGUUGAUCCACAAACAAAAUCCAAAAGCACGUGGUAUAUUAAUGAAGGAGGCGAAGAUGCAGCAAAAUCACUAGUAGAUACACAGUCAGACUUGAGUCAAUCACCACCCUCAUCACUUCAAGCAACACUUUCAAAUGAAAACAAAUUCCAUUCAUUACCCUUUAGCCUCACCAAAAAGUCAAGUGUAAAUGGAAGCAUUGGCCAUCCCCUUUCUUUGUCUGUUCAAUCAGUAAUGAUGGAUGUGAAUACCAGUGCAAAUGAAGAGACUGAAGUGGUUAGAGUGCCACCCAAAGAGAAACCCAGUCUGGAAGAGGGCUCAUUGGUACAAGUGAAGGAAAAUCCUCCUCUCUAUGGAGUAAUUCGGUGGAUUGGCCAGCCUCUUGGAGUUAACGAGCAGAUCGCUGGACUUGAACUUGAAGAAGAAAGUGCAGGCUGUACGGAUGGUACUUUCAAGGGAGUGCGUUACUUUGUAUGUGCAUCAAAGAAGGCAUUAUUUGUAAAGCUUAAAAGCUGCCGGCCUGACUCAAGAUUUGCAUCAUUGCCUCAUCACUCCAAUCAAAUUGAAAGAUGCAAUUCAAUUGCAUUUGGAGGAUACCGAAGUGAAAUAGUUAAAGAAAACACCCCUCCCAAGAUGGAGAAGGAAGGCCUAGCCAUAAUGGUUGGAAAGAAGAAAGGCAUUCAAGGGCAUUACAAUUCCUGUUAUUUGGACUCCACAUUAUUCUGUAUGUUCGCUUUUAGCUCUGUGUUGGAUACUGUAUUACUUAGGCCUAAAGAAAAGGAUGAUGUUGAAUUUUAUACUGAAACACAAGAUUUAUUAAGGACAGAAAUAGUCAAUCCUUUGAGAAAUCAUGGCUACGUAUCUGCUACUAAAAUAAUGAAACUUAGAAGAAUUCUUGAAAAGGUUGAGGCAGCUUCAGGAUUUACCUCAGAAGAGAAAGAUCCAGAAGAGUUUCUCAACAUUUUGUUUCAUCAUAUAUUAAAGGUGGAACCUUUGUUAAAAAUCAGGUCAGCAGGGCAAAAAGUACAAGAUUGUUUCUUCUACCAAAUAUUCAUGGAUAAAAAUGAAGAUGUUGGUGUUCCAACAAUUCAGCAGUUGCUUGAAUGGUCAUUUAUUAACAGUGAUCUUAAGUUUGCUGAGGCGCCUUCAUGUCUCAUAGUUCAGAUGCCACGGUUUGGAAAAGAUUUCAAAAUGUUUAAGAAGAUUUUUCCAACUUUGGAAUUGGAUAUCACUGAUUUAUUAGAAGAUACACCAAGAGACUGUCGAAUCUGUGGAGGUCUUGCACUUUAUGAAUGUAAAGAAUGUUAUAAUGACAAUGAUAUAACUGCUGGAAAAAUCAAACAAUUCUGCAAAGUUUGCAACACCCAGGUACAUCUCCAUCAGAAGAGACAUGGACAUGAGCAAAGGAAAAUGACUUUACCAGAACAGAUGGCUGACUUUGCCUGGAGGCAGUGCUGUGUACCCAGGCAGAAGAUGAAAUUAUUUGCUGUGCUAUGCAUCGAAACUAGCCACUACGUGGCUUUUGUCAAAUAUGGCCCAGAUGACUCGGCCUGGUUAUUUUUUGACAGCAUGGCAGACCGAGACGGUGGACAGAAUGGCUACAACAUCCCUCAGGUGAUUCAGUGCCCUGAGAUCGGAGAAUACUUGAAAAUGUCACCAGAAAAAUUACAUGGAUUGGAUCCUAAAAACAUUCAAGGCUUUGCAAGAAGGCUACUAUGUGAUGCCUAUAUGUGCAUGUACCAGAGUCCAACAAUGAGUUUGUACAAAUAGUCUGCAAACAUCUUACGGUUUGGAGGCAACCAACUGUUUUAUCUCACUUAAAGAAUAUCCGUAUUGCAUAAAAUGAAGUGGGAGCAUGGCAAUAACUUCUCACUGUAGACUGUGUCUGCUGUUUCUUAAAUGUCCACUGAUUGAAUAUAAAAGUAGGAUUCAUUUUACAGUCAGUGUGUAAGUAAUUUUAUUUCAAUUAAUUUCGAAAAUGUGUAUAAGUACUAAACUGUUAAUGAAUCCCACACCUUUAUUGCUCUGUAAGAUCUACCACUGGAAACUCUUUCAUCACCCACACAUCAUUUGGAUUAGUGUUAACAAAUUGUGUUAUGUAAAUGCUGAAUUUGCCUGUUGUCUCCUUUGGCAUGAAUUGCUCAGUGUCAGUCUUGUAUUUCAGCAAUUUAAGUUUUUACUGCCAGUCCCAAUAUGCUGACACAAUCUUUGAGGAGCUUGAUUCUUUUCACUGGAUCCUUCUAAUUUAUUUCUUGGUGUUUCCUGUUGUAUUAUGAAUUUUUGUUUUGCAAUGAACAGCAUUAUUGUAACUUUCUAGUAAUGUCUAGAAAAUUUGAUAAAGCAGGAAUUGUGCUUUGUUUUGCUUGAAAGUUGCUCAUAUUUUUGUAAUUUGGAGCCUUGAGAGAAAAGAAGAUGUGUGAAAAUCAGGGCCCACAUCAGCACUGACCCAAGUGUAUAUUUUUGGUAUAAUUUUAUAUUUUUGUCUGGAUAUUUGUACUUAAGGUUUAAUCAGUCAGAUCCAUAAAUUGGAUAAUACAGUAAAUUUCUGUGAUAAGGCUAAUUUGGAUUUUUAAAAUAUAAUCAUAUUAAUCUUUAUUGUACAAAAAGCACUUUUGUUUUUAUGUACAAUUACCUUAUGUCAGUAUCAGCUGAAGGAGAAAUUGAUAGAACAAAUGCUAAGGAAAAGUAAGAUUGACUAGGCCUGAAUAAUCUCUUUUGCACCUAAUUAAAGAUUUACAUUUGCAUAAGGACUUGUCCACAGGAUAAUUGCUGAUAUGUGAAUUUAGAAAAGCAAAGUAAAUGAGGCAUCAUUAUUUAAAUAUGUAUAUUAGAAUCAUCAUUGUACUGUGAUGCAUUAACUUUGAAAGUCAAUUUGUAUUCAGUCAUAACUGUAACUGGAAGUUAUAUGUAUGGAAUCAUUAUUCUAAAAGGCUUUCAGCUUGACUGAAUUAUGUUUAAUUAGUAUUUUUAUCAGCAUACUUUUGUAUUGAUAUAGUACUUGAAAAGAAGUAACUGGAAUUGACAAAGUACAAUCUUGGAUUAGUGUAAUAAUUUUUUUAAGAUGGAAUACAAGUACCAGCCCAUAAUUGGUGUUUAGUCAUGUUUGGUUUAUCUACCAAAGGUACUGCAGGAACAUCAGGAAAGGAAAAAAAAAAGACAUUGUUUCUUGUCCAAAGAGAAUGGGCACUGGAAAUUCCUUUGGGGAUUCUGUGUUUUCCUAACCAUGAUUUUGCACUCUUUGAUUGUUUUGCUGAUCCAGAUCUGCAUAUUGUGUGUUAAGCAUUUUAGAACAUGAUGCGGGGAUCCAUGGAGAAGGGAGAACACCAAGUUUGAGCUAUUGUGGCAAGAGCUAUUGAUCAUGUUUAAGAUUACAAUCUUUUCAAUGGACUUCUAAAAACAUUUGAUGGUGUGUUCAUCAUUGUUAAGGUCACCAUUUAUUGUCAAAACUCAUUUUCUCUUGAGCCGAGUGGCUUCAUAGGCCAUUUGAAAGUCAACCAAAUCGGUGGGUGUCUAGUCACACGUAGGUGAGACUAGUUCAUUCAGGCCUACUCGCGUCUGAGUUCUAACUGCUUAACACAGCACAUCCUUCUGGUGUACAGAUUUUUUGUUGUUGAAUCUCUGACACACCUGCAUGCUCUUCUGUGGCAAGAGUGAAGCUUAUUUCUGGAACUUCGAGUAGUUUCCUGUUAAUGUCUCUGUCACUGUGUACUGCACGGUAUACUGAAGAAGACUUGUUACUUUCAUGUCAUGUUCGGGCAAAGCUCUCAAAAGUAACUAUACCUUUUCUCAAUUCAGGACAUGUAAAGAUAAGCGAUAGAGAUUUUGAUCAAACUGAAUGCACAAUCGGCACUCUGACAACUUGUGACAAAUUAACAGGAGCUUUUUAAAAAAAACACUCACACUGCAGGAAAUGCAAAGACAUCAUGUAUCUAGGGUCCUUCCUUGAAUCUGACACUUUUGCACCUGUCAUUUGAUAUUCCAGCAGUCCCUGCCUGCACUAUUAAUUUAUAUCAACUCCUUUAAAGUUGAUCCCAGUUUUAAUAAAAGUCCCUUAUUAUUGCACUAAUAACGUUAUUUUUUGAAGUUCUUGAAAAUUUGGUUGUGUGGUAAUUUAAUGUAUUGUCCUUUUAAAUUAGUUUACAUGACGAGUGUGUCUCUGUGAAGCUCAGCAUUAGUUCUACUUCCCUAGUUGCACCUUGUCAAGGCGACACUGACAAUCAGCCCUUAUGAAGAGCUAAAUAUAAGUGAUAAAAAUUCUCCCUCGAUGUGCGCUAAAGCAGUUUCAGUUAUAUUUUCAAGGCUGAAUAAUGUCUAAAGGGAAACGUGCAAAUGCCCAUAGACUCGUAGACACAGCUAGAUGACAAUAGUCCCAUGCAGUUGCUGCCUUGACCUUAUGAGUGGUUGGAGGUCAAUUUGCAGGAAUGCAAUCUGUAGAUGAUCGAUAUUGCCGACAUUGUAAGUUGGGAAUAUUGAGCAAUGGCAGUGGAGAUGACAAUCAGAUGUCUAAAAUACUCAUAGUUGCUGAAGCUGCAUUUAUUUAUUGCCUUGGUGGAAGAAAGGCUUUGAGGAAGUUCCUUGUUAUAGGAUAUACAACUUCUCAUCUGUCCUUGUACACAAAUAUUUAAUAGGCUGGUACAGAUGAGUUAGUCAAUGUUGACUCUCAUUUUAGUCCUUAGUGAGUGUUAGUGAUGGAUGUUUCCAGUGAUGGUAAGGUUGUUGAUUGCAAAGUGGAUGCAUUUAGUUCAAUUGUUGAUUGUGCUCAUUGAAUCCACUUUAGUUUAGUGUUGCUGGCCACUUUAAAAAUCUAACCCUGAAUAUGUUGUAGGUUUUGCUACAUGUACGCACUAACUAUAUAAAGCAUCUUCAGAGUUGUGAAUGAAUUUGAACUUUGUUCAGACACCAUUAACAUUCCUGGCUUUAGGAUAGAGCAAAGGUCUUUGAUGGAGCAGGAGAUUAUGGGCUAGGACACUGCCCUGAGGAGGUGCUGAGGCCAAGAUUGACCUGUUUGAGCUGGUGGACCUGAUGUGAAUUUAUCCCAUAUAGGGUGCAAGGGUUACAUCAUGUGUUCUAUGUCAAGAAAUUGUAGAGAGGAGUCCAUUUUGUGCUCCUAUUUCCCAUGCAUCCUGCGAGGUACAAACCAAUUCCAAUACACUGAGAUGAUUAGACGAUGAAAACAGCAGUUUGGUUACAGUACUGAGAAUGCCACCACUACAUCUAUUGGAACACUCCUGCCAAUGUAUCCCUGAAUCAUAAUGAAGGGGGUCUGUGAGUUGCUGGAUCUGGGUGUUUCAUGACCAGUUUGGGCAUACCCUCAGGUUUUAGUUCAAAUGAAAUCCUCUACAUGUCCAAAUCUGGAUUUAGGUUUCAGACUUGGUGUGCUUUGCAAUAGCGGUCUGAUGCAAUUGAAUGCUUACUGGAAAUUUUUCAGUGGGGCUGAAGAUGCACAUAGACUGGCCUGUAUAAAGACAACUGAUUCCAUGGGGAUGGAGUGUAUUAGCAACUCUAGUUUUAAGGCAGUUUGCUGAUUUCAUGGAAGACGCCACUGAGAUGUUUUUCCAGAUUUAAUUAAUUAAUAGAAUUUCAAUUUUUCUGAUGGUGUAGUAAGAUUCAAGCUUACACAGUGGAACAUUAAUUCAUUACCUGUACAGUAAGUAUCUUAUUCAGUGAUGUUUGCCCUAGAGUGUCCUUUGCUAGUUAUGUAAGAUAGACUACUUCAGUCUGGAUGUGUGCUCAUAACACACAGCUGCUAUUUCAAAGCCAGCUGUAAGCAGAUGGACAGAAAACAGAGUGUUGUAAGGGGUAGUUUGCGGGGCAAUUGAGACAAAUUUAAGAGAUCCUUGCAUAGAUUGAUGCCCAUUAGUGAGAAUGGAUGAUGAACAGUUAAAAUGAUCAAUUCCUUUAAUAGGGUUCCUUCAUGUAAGAUGCAAUUUUAUAUGCACAAUAGAAUACAAACUGCAAAAGUAAUGAAAAUGCUGUUUUCUUGGCAGUGGUGUAAUUUAUUUUUCCAAUGGCAUAGAACUGACAGUAAAAUUCACACUUGGUAUCAGUCAUACUCAGCCGAAGAUCUGCAAGAACCCUUGGAGGGGCUUCCUUGUAUCACUUGGCCGUGACACCUUGUGACAUGUAGUUGCAGUGUGGUGCCAAUAAAAUAUGAUCUCAUGGGCACUGCAUAAAUUGAUAGGGUUUCUGUGUACAGUGCAUGAAACCUUUUCCAGUUAGUAUUAAAUGAGGUGUUGCUGACUUGGAAUUGAUUUUGUAACUUCCAAACUCAAAUUGGUAUUGUUGGCCUCAGACUCCACUGGUCUUGUAAUUCUGUUUAACACACAAGCUUCAGGUUGCUGACAAAGCAGGACUGCAAUACUAUUGAAAAAUGUCACAUACCUUUUGUGAGAUGAAAUUGUAUUUUGUUUCAUCAUUUCUUCUAACCAUUUGGCUGUGUUUAUACACAUUCUAAAAUUUACAUUUGUGUUGUAAAUUGUUUAAUUUUGCAUAAACUAUGAUAAAAUUAUGUUGAUGCAGGUGGCAUGCAUUGUCAAUUUGAGUGCACAUGUAGGAUAUGUAUCAAAUGCACAAAUAGAGAGCAUGGUGUUAUUUUUCAAUAUUGAUCUAUCAGUUAUUCUCUUUUCUGAAGUCCACCCUUUGUUUUCAAUUAGUGCACUGCCCAAACAUGACUGCUGGCCUGGUUUAGGUUUAUUUGAAGAUUAGUAUUUCAGCAUACCUUUUUGUUUUUGAAUCACCUGGAGUUUUCCACCGUUUCUAUGCCUUAAGUUAAUAAACAUUAAAUCUAGCUUGAGGUGGAGUCCUAAAAGAUAGAAAAAGGCACUUUGGCCCUUGUGUCCUUGCUGACAUAUGCUGUAAACUAGUCCAAUGAGCAUUACCUGUACUGAACUUUCAGCACUGUGUACCAUUAACAAAUUGAGGUCUACUUGGAAUUUUCUAUCCCUUCCACCAAGAAGCCAGGUAUUAGGGUAGCAAGAUGACUUCUAUUUAAACUGAGCUACUGAAUUUGACUUGAUUUGUUUUGAAUUGUUUUGGACACAUGAGUUUCAAUAAGAUAAUUUUGUUGGGCAAACUGGCUAUUGGUAAAGAGUGUGCAAAAGUCUGGAAUGAGGGCAGAUUUUAUAGUGGCCAGUCGGAAUUUUGAUGCUUAGCAUUUUGCAACCAAAGUUUAACAACCAAACUUUGUCUGUUUUGUACAUUAUUGUCAGAUUGAUUGUGGAAUCCGUUUAGAGCAAAUGAGGGUUUUAUUUACUUAGAUGCUUCUGUACUGUGCUCAGAUUAAAAAUUAAAAUACUGAAUUGCAGAGAAAUGGA